ACGCGCGCCGACGGGGCGGGCGCAUGCGCAGGGGGGCGCGCCGCCUGUGCCCCGCGGCGAGGGUGUCUAUGGAGAGGCGGCGGCUGCGGCUGCUCCGGCGGAGGCUCAGGCCGUGGCGAUGGCGCCCUUCCCUGACGAAGUGGAUGUCUUCACCGGCCCACACUGGCGGAUGAAGCAGCUGGUGGGCAGCUACUGCGACAAGCUUUCUAAAACCAACUUUUCCAACAACAACGAUUUCCGAGCUCUUCUGCAGUCUUUAUAUGCUACUUUCAAGGAGUUCAAAAUGCACGAGCAGAUUGAAAAUGAAUACAUUAUCGGUUUACUUCAACAACGCAGUCAGACCAUUUAUAAUGUACAUUCUGACAAUAAACUCUCUGAGAUGCUUAGUCUCUUCGAAAAGGGACUGAAGAAUGUUAAGAAUGAAUAUGAACAGUUAAAUUAUGCAAAACAGCUAAAGGAGAGAUUGGAGGCUUUUACAAGAGAUUUUCUUCCUCACAUGAAAGAGGAAGAAGAGGUUUUCCAGCCCAUGUUAAUGGAAUAUUUUACCUAUGAGGAACUUAAAGAUAUUAAAAAGAAAGUGAUUGCACAACACUCCUCCCAGGACACUGCAGAACUCCUUAGAGGUCUCAGCCUGUGGAAUCAAGCUGAAGAGCGCCAGAAGUUUUUCAAGUAUUCAGUGGAUGAAAAGUCAGAUACAGAAGCAGAAGUGUCAGAACACUCCACAGGUAUAACCCAUCUUCCUCCUGAGGUAAUGCUGUCAAUUUUCAGUUAUCUUAAUCCUCAAGAACUGUGUCGAUGUAGUCAAGUCAGUACCAAAUGGUCUCAGUUGGCAAAAACUGGAUCCUUGUGGAAACAUCUUUACCCUGUUCAUUGGGCCAGAGGUGACUGGUAUAGUGGUCCUGCCACUGAACUUGAUACUGAGCCUGAUGAGGAGUGGGUGAGAAAUAGGAAAGAUGAAAGUCGUGCUUUUCAGGAAUGGGAUGAAGAUGCCGAUAUAGAUGAAUCUGAAGAAUCUGCUGAGAAAUCGAUUGCUAUCAGCAUUGCACAAAUGGAAAAACGUUUACUCCAUGGCUUAAUCCAUAAUGUUCUACCAUAUGUUGGUACUUCCGUAAAAACUUUAGUGUUAGCCUACAGCUCUGCAGUUUCCAGCAAAAUGGUUAGGCAGAUUUUAGAGCUUUGUCCUAACCUGGAGCAUCUGGAUCUUACCCAAACUGACAUUUCAGAUUCUGCAUUUGACAGCUGGUCUUGGCUUGGUUGCUGCCAGAGUCUUCGGCAUCUUGAUCUGUCUGGAUGUGAAAAAAUAACAGAUGUAGCUCUAGAGAAGGUUUCUAGAGCUCUUGGGAUCCUGACAUCUCAUCAGAAUAGCUUUUCGAAAACUUCUGCAAGCAAGAUUACUGCAGCUCCGUGGACAGAUAAAGACAUUCCCGAGCAGUCCACUGAGCAGUAUCCCUGUUUGCAGGAUCUAACUGACAAAGGCAUUGGCGGAGAGAUCACUAAUGAGCACGCCUGGACUAAACCUGAGCCUUCUGAAAGCUUCUCUGCUCCUUACGUGUGGGUGUUAGAUGCUGAAGAUUUGGCUGACAUUGAAGAUGCAGUAGAGUGGAGACACAGAAAUGUUGAAAGCCUCUGUGUAGUGGAAACAGCCUCCAGCUUUGGGUGUUCUUCAUCUGGUUGCUACAGUAAGGAUGUUAUUGGACUAAGGACUAGUGUCUGUUGGCAGCAGCAUUGUACGUCUCCAGCCUUUGCAUAUUGUGGUCAUUCAUUCUGUUGUACAGGGACAGCUCUAAGAACUAUGUCAGCACUCCCAACAUCUUCUGCAAUGUGUAGAAAAGCAUUAAGGACUACAUUGCCUAGGGGAAAAGACUUAGUUUAUUUUGGGAAUGAAAAAUCUGACCAAGAGACUGGACGUGUACUUUUGUUCCUCAGUCUGUCUGGAUGUUAUCAGAUCACAGACCAUGGUCUCAGGGUUCUAACUUUGGGAGGAGGACUGCCUUAUCUGGAGCACCUAAACCUCUCUGGCUGUCUUACUGUGACUGGUGCAGGUCUGCAGGAUUUGGUUUCAGCGUGCCCUUCUCUGAAUGAUGAAUACUUUUACUACUGUGACAACAUCAACGGUCCUCAUGCGGACACCGCCAGUGGAUGCCAGAAUUUGCAGUGUGGUUUUCGAGCCUGCUGCCGCUCUGGCGAAUGACCCCUGACUUCUCACCUUUGUCUACUUCAUUUAGCUGAGCAGGCUUCCUUUCAUGCACUUUACUACAGCACAUUUCCUGUGUUAACCAUCCCUUUCGGGGUGUGUCUUGUUUUGGCCCCAUUUCUUACAACCUCAGAAAUCUUAAUUUAGCAGUGAAUUAAUUGUACAGUGUUGUUUUUCUUGCAAAUAUACUUUUGCUGUAGAAAGGGAUUGGGUCUUUUUGUUGGGGUGAGAGCAGACUUACUGGUUUCUUUUACAUGGAAUGCCUUGAGAAUGUCACUAAUGCCAUGCCAUUUAAAGUAUUUUUUAGAUUUGAGUUCUGGUCAAUGGGAUUUAAAUUUUCUCUGUGUAAACACUGUACCACGUUUUGUAGAUCUUUUCGGAUCCACAUUUCCGAAGUUUUAUUUUCAAAGACUGUACAUUUUAGAGACUAAUCUCCUUUCCCUAACGUUCUCUUUAUUUCACCAAUUCUUGGGGGCCAAUUCAAGCACACCUACAUAUGAGAUUCUAGAAUAAAUUGGCUUCUCGGUGUCGGCUCAGCGAGCUAGUAGAGCCCAUGUGUUUGUAUUUGCUUUAGGCCCUGGUUCUCACUGUUGCCCCUAAACUGUCAUAUUUGGGAGGGAUUUUUAAAAUGCCACAACUGUUUGAAGAAAUGUAUAAAUAAAAUCUACUUUGAGGACUUUACCAAGCAA